CUGGUAUGUUCAUCCUUCAUGAUCUCCUGGAGCAAGUGGCUUUUUGGUCAUAGAGAGGCUAUUGAGUUUAAAGUCAUGCUGUUGCUUGACUUCUCAACACUCUUCUCAAGAUAAUUAAAGAUUCAUUUGGUUCCCCUUUGACCCCUCUUUUACCCGCUCGUGCGUUUCAGAUAGAGAAUUUUUACUGUAACCAUAAACAAGAAGAUGUCUUUUCCCAUGACAACCGUGACCAUUAUGACUUUUCAAGAGGUGCUUAGAGAUCAUAAAGUUCUUUGAUAGACGCCAAGUAGUACCAUGAAUAAGUAACUGUUGCUGUAGUUGCUUGAAAAAAAAUCAUACUCAGCCAGUGUUCGUGUAGUAGGUAAUAAAAAGAUGAGUUGUAAAAGCUGGGCUGGAUUCUCAUCCGGUGCCAUCGUCCAAGGUUAUAUUUAUCCUUCUAAAACGGUGGAGCAGGAAGUGGUACUUCGAGAGGCACCACAUCAGCCAAAGGUGAAGGAUGGUGCUUCGUCCUGGAUCUCCUUCGAUUCUUAAGACUGGCGGCUCUCGUGGGGGGACAGGGAGGAUAACAGAUCAUCAUGGUGGACAGAUUGCAGGAACAAGUACUGUUAAGGUUGUGGAUUCAAUGACUGUGUCGUGACCUACAAGUACAACAAUCAUCUCUCCACAGAAGACAAUUUGUUGGUCUUCUUGUUUAUUUUUUUAUCAAAUUUGUCAGUACGCGAUGAAGUAUUAGUUGGAAUAAUCCUGUAUAUGUUAUCUGCAUUCCACAUUAAUUGCGAUUGCGAAAUGAAUCAAGCUAGCUCCAUUUCUAACUAUAGUACCUCAUCUUCCUCGGCACAACCUCCAGCCGCCUUGCACGAUAGACUGUGGGCAUGCCUAUGCGCUUUGGGGAUGAGGGUGAUGCGUGCUGAGGCUGUCACAUGCUGGAAAAGAGGUUUGCUUGAUGCGUUGAGUUUGCAUAGAUUUAAGGGUACUAGGCUAAAGGCGUUCCUGUAGUUGCCGUUUGUUCUCUUGCCUCUCUACUUCAAAAGGGAGAACAAAGGCAGAACAAACGGGAGACGGAAACACCAAAACCCUACCGCAAAUAUAUGUCUGCCUUUCGUGCUUAAGUCUCCGUUGAUCCGCCAACGAGCAGCCCAAUGCGUGCUCUUGAAUGGGAUCAUAUUUUUGUUAUGGUCGUAGCAGCUAAAGAUACAAGUAACAUUGGUCUUGGUGUAGUAUUUUAGUUCGUUGCAUCAAAUGAAAUUUUGAGAAAGAAAUAUAUUUAUUCGUCAUAAGAUCAAGAUCAGACAUGAUGAAUCAAUCAGGGACAGAAGAAUAGACAUAUGGCUCGUCGCAAACGCAAAGUAGGAGUCUAGAAUGGGUAUGGGUUUGCACACACCAAUCAGUCUAGUACCUCUAAUUCUUGGGAGCAUCCUGCUAUUCGAGCACGCCAUUGCCCCAGCGCUUACGUUUUUGCUCCAGGAUGCAGAACUAGGGACGAUAUCCACCUUGACUGAGUCAAUAAGUGCAGCUCAAAGUGCAGCAGCAUCUUCCUCCAGAUCAUCAUCCUCAAGUGGCGAAGCCUCAAGUGGAACUACAAGAGGCGAGGAUGGACAAAUCCAGAUCCAGAGGAGGCUUCAAGAGUCGGAUGACCAGAGGAGGCUUCAGGAGUCGGAUGAAGCUCAAGAAUCGGACAUGCAGAUUGACGAGAAGAAACGGAAAACCCAGGCUCCUGACGAUCUCCAGGGAAAUAACUCUUCAACAAAUGGACGAGACGCAUCAUCACCUCCUCCUGCUGUUCAGUCUGAACCACCUCCUCCCGUUGAUCCCGAACAAGUAGAACAAGCACCUUCCACUUCCUCAUCAUCAUCACGACCUUCUGAAGCGCCUUCAGCAUUGGACUUCUUUUCUUUCCUCUACAAAAGCCUCUGGCUCUACCCGAUCUAUUGCAUAUCGUUUAUCCUGAAUACAGUGGCAUAUCAAGGUACUUGUCAAGAUCACACUCGAAAUCACUGUAAAUCAAUGAGUCUUUCAUCUUGUUAUGUUUUGCGUGUAAUAAUAUAUAAAUAAUGUCGUGGUUGAGCCGUUGCAUAUCGAACCAUUUUUUUCCGAAAAUUAUUCGACAACAUAAUCGUUCAGAUAUAGCAGAUUGUUGUCAGCCAGCGACUGGGGACAACGUUCGUAAGCAGACCCUUCAAGCGCGCAUCGUGGAUGAAACCUUUCGUGUGUUGCUGAAUCUGAUCUACAUCGUCCUGGCCCAAUUGCUUUAUUACUGCGUUCCCUUUGGUCUCGGAAAGGGCCUCUAUUUUGUCAUGAACUGCUGGCUCAUCAGUCUCUAUUUUAAGGCUCAGCUUUCAAUGGUCAUUGGGGUUGGUCACUGAGAUCCCUCUUGAGGAAAGAUGGGGGGAAAAUGAAGGAAAAGCAAAGGGAGAGGCAUGGGGCCCAUUUCUUUCAGAGUCAGUGACCAUUGAGUGCUGAGCUUUAACUAAUGCUUCGAGUACCGCUGGGUCUAUCUGGGAUGGUCCUCUAGAGAACGCCUAGGAUACUUUGAAAGACAUUUUAAGGCCAUCCUUGUUCUGCUGUUUCGAACCACGUCAAAAAUAUCUUCAAACAGACUUCUAGUUCUAGUAGCUAAAUCUACUCAAGUCCAUAGUAUCGUUGGUCUUGGUCUUUCUAAUAAUCGGCUUUACUUUGCUGGCUUCGGAUUUCCGAUCGGCUUUGUGAGUUACGUUUCCCCACGGUUCAUCGACAACGGCAUCUUCGCGUUGGUUUUUCCGCUCUUUAUCCUGACUGCGGCUGUUGCGCAACCGGUGGAACUGAAAAGCCUGAGACAAGUGCCCAUCUUUUAUUUGGUAUCCCGCGCCACCACACGACUUUUAUCGCUUUGUGACAAACGGGAUGCGAAAACCAAAGGAAGAUGCGCCAAAGGAAGAUGA